AUGGACACCACAAACAAGACCCACCUAGUAUUGUUUUCAUUUUCAGGAAUAACGGAUGAUGUAACCCUGGUCCCAAUUCUUUUCAUAUUCUUCUUGAAGGUCUACUUGGUGACAUUAGUGGGUAAUCUUGGCAUGGUGGCUCUUGUCCUGAAAAGUUCCAGGCUUCACACUCCCAUGUACUUCUUCUUGAGUUAUCUUUCUGUGGUGGACCUCCUCUAUUCAUCAAGCAUAACUCCUAAGAUGCUUUUUGACCUUGUAUCCAUGAAGAAGGACAUCUCCUUUACUGGUUGCACUCUCCAGUUCUUUUUCUUUGCUGCCAUGGCAGCUACCGAGGUGUUUCUUCUCUCUAACAUGUCCUAUGACAGAUAUGCUGCCAUCUGCCACCCCCUUCACUACAUCUCCAUAAUGACCAAGAAGAAGUGUUGGUGUCUUGUCCUCUUCUCCUUCGCUCUUGGCUUCUUGCAGUCAUUAGCACAGACUAGCUGUGUGUUUAGUCUAGAGUUCUGUGGAUCUCACCACAUAGCCCACUUCUACUGUGAUGUCCUUCCCCUGCUUAAACUGUCCUGCUCAGAUACCUUUACCUGUGACAUGGUGACUGUAUUCAUCAUCUCCUCAUGUGGAUUUGGGUCCUUGUUGGCCAUCUUGGUCUCAUACAUGUUCAUUGUUUCUUCUAUCCUCCAUAUGAAAUCGGCCGAGGGCAGGAGGAAGGUCUUCAGUACAUGUUCUGCUCAUCUCACGUCAGUUUCCAUCUUGUAUGGUUCUGUAUUCUUCAUCUAUCUACGGUCUCCCACCAGUGACUUUAGUAAACGGGACAAGGUGGUCUCUGUCUUCUACACAAUGAUAACGCCUAUGCUGAAUCCACUUAUCUACAGUAUAAGAAACCAGGAGGUGAAGAAGGUCCUCAUGAUGGCAGCAGGAAUAACUUAA